AUGUCAGAGACUGAGCAACAGUACAUGGAAACCUCAGAAAAUGGCCAUGAGACUGCACAGGGUGACUCUGCCGACGCUAAACAGUCCGUGACGCCGGUAGGCGAAAAUGGCUCCAAGGGUGUGCAGAUCAAUGAAAUCAAAGCCGCGGAGGACGCAGGGUGCGUACCUGAUAUUUCUCCCAGUAUAAAUCAAGCAGCAAAAAUGUUUGUUGGAGGUCUCAGCUGAGACACAAGCAAGAGACUUGAAAGAUUAUUCUUAUCGGAUUGUGCGGUCAAGAUGGACUCUAAUACAGGAAGAUCUAGAGGUUUUGGAUUCAUUUUUUGUAAAGAUGCUUUAAGUGUUGACAUGGUUCUGGAACAAAAAGAACACAGAUUGGAUGGGAGGCUGAUUAACCCUAAAAAGGCAAUGACAAUGAAAAAAGAUCCAAUACAGAAAAUAUUUGUUGGUGGCUUGAAUUCAGAAGCUGGAGAAGAUAAGAUAAUGAAAUACUUUGUAUAA